AGAGCAGCUCUCCGCGCCCUGGGGGAGCGGGGCGGGGUGGCAGAGGCGAAAAGCGGCACCUGCACGCUUACAUCCGCACCCGCAUCCCGCAUUCCUCACACCCAUCCACGCCCUCACCCCGGGGCCGGGGCCGGGCCGCGCCUUGGCCGCGGGGGCGCGGGGCUGCGGCCCCGGGGGCAGCGCGGGGAGCCCGCACCGCCCGCCCGGGCACAGCCACCGGCGCCGCCGGAGCGGGGGGCGGGGGCUGCUCGCCGGGGCGGGGGCUGUCACGGGGCUGGGACGAUAAAACGGGGGGUAAUUGCAUUUAGGCAAAUGAGGCAGUCUCGGCCCUCCCCGUCUGCAGGCAUAUAAAGCGGGGAGCGCUGCCGCGGCCGGCCCAUGCGCUCGGAGAGCAGCGCUCGCCCUGCGGCUGCGGACGGACGUCGAGGCGGCGAUGAGGCUCCCGCUGGCUUUCGCCGUGCUCCUCCUGGCCUCGUCGCAGGCGCUGGGCGAGGAGAUGGGAGCCAGCGACGACCUCAGCUACUGGUCCGACUGGUCCGACGGUGACCAGGCGAAGGAGGAGCUGCCGCUGCCCCUGGAGCACUUCCUGCAGAGGAUGGCCCGGAGACCCCGGCCCCAGCAGUUCUUCGGCCUCAUGGGCAAGCGGGAUGCCGGAUAUGGCCAGAUCUCUCACAAAAGGCAUAAAACAGACUCCUUUGUUGGACUUAUGGGCAAAAGAUCUUUAAAUUCUGGGUCCUCUGAAGGGAGCAUAGCACAGAAUUACGAACGGAGGCGUAAAUGAGACGUUCCUGUGUGAUAUUUAUUAAACUUCAUUUGUUCUAAUGGCCAAUGCAGUGUAAUAUAAACUAACCACUGUAUGAAAUAAUUAUUUAUUUAAUAACUGAAGGGGUUUGGUUUUUUUGAGUUGUACAUUCAAUAAAAGCAUUAUUUUUCAUAUUGUGGCAGUGACACGUGUUGUGUAGGUGUGCUGUGGUUCUGAAAGGACCAGCAACCCUGGUGAUGUCUCACAACAAAGCACAUGUUUGAAAUGACCUGUAGAGUCAUGUUUACUAAACAAGCAAGUAUUCUUUUGUUCAUUGAAAGUGAGUCUAUCAGCUUCACAGCUAGUGCAGAAGAGAACUGAUGUUCAGUCUAGUGCCUCGAUUUGUUUUCAUGGUUUAUUAUGCACUGUAAUUUCUGUAUGAAAAAAUAUAUUUGUAUCAUUGCAGCAUGUUUUAUGUUCCUGUGAUUAUGCAUCAAUAUAUUUUAAAAAGGGGAAUGGGUAAUGUUUGAAUGGGAAUCCAAGGUCUUCAUUUCAUAGUUUGAAAUUUUAUGAUAGUAACAUUUUAAAUAAAAACUACUCUGGGGCUUUUGCAACAUA